AAACAUCGAUUUUCAGUCGUUUUUGCUGCUGUUUUAAUAGGUUAUAUACAACUAUCGAUCUACAACGCUUGUGGUGAAGGCUUCCACUGUGGUUUGACGAUCCAGCGAUGGCUGAACACAUCUGAAGUCACGGCACACGACAUCCUUCGAUACUUCCUAGCGUAUUUCGACAUCAAAACAGUGUUAAGUAUGAGUGAUUAAAUUUUCAUCAUGUCGGAAAGUCCUGGAGGCAUGAGUGCCGUUCUUUUGAAAAGUGUCGGCUGACGGAGAACGCCAUCAAAUAUGGAACACCGGAUCUUCUUCUUGAUGCUCGGCGUCAUUGUCACUUUUUGUGACGUCACCUCCGAGGAAACGUUCCGUCUUAAAAUAGGGAUCGUCGGUACUUGGACGCCAGUCUUUGACGAAUUACUGAGAACAAUUGGACUUUCACACCCAUGGCAAAUCUAUAACAUCACGACAGCCAAACCCAAAUCGCAGUAUGACAAAAUGUUAAAGGUGAAAGACUUUCUUACCGAUAACCAAAUUGACGUCAUUCUUGGUCCCUAUGAUGACGCCACGGGUAUUGUUGCCGAUAAGCUGAGAGUCCCGUACAUAUGCACCACUGGGUCCAAACGUAACCUAAACUACACAUUCCAGAUUCUUCCCCCGCUGGAAGAUUUUAGUCAGGCCAUAUUUGACAUGACGAAAAGCUACCAAUGGGACAAAGUCAGCUUGUUCUAUGAUGAUCUAAGAGGUGUGUAUAUCAUGGAGCAGCUGUUGACCAACCAUGACAUGAUGGUUAAAUCGUGGCACGUGAAGGGUGGUUCUGAUAUAAAGGCGGUGGAGAAACAAGUGAGGGACCACCUUGUGCGGAUGAGACAGGCUUUCGUCCAGAAAAGCAUCAUAUUCUGUUCGAAAGAGCACACUGAAAUCAUUCUAGAUCAGGCCAGAAGUCUAGCAAUGCUGUCUCAGCCUUCUGAAUGGUUUUUCUACGACCCAGGGGAUCAACUGGUUCCGGUGUUCAAAAAUUUCCCUGACGUCUUUGUUAACUUCACCGUGUUUGGGUUGAUGGAGUUCGAUAGUAGAAACGAAAUCACCUCGGUGGAUGACUCGCGGCGACUGAACAUCAGCCUGGCCGCAGAUUCUUUGAGGCUGUUGAACGCGACUCUGCCCAAGGCCGUGGAAGUCCAGAGAAACGAAGCCGCAUUUACAAUUGCAGAGGAGCUCAGAAAGAUUAGAAUUCCUGGUUACACUGGGGACAUAGAGUUCGGUCCCAAUGGGAGGCGGUACAAUUACACGAUCAAACUCUCAGAAAUAGAAGGUCUGGACUCCCUUCAGAUAUUUGUUACCAGACAUCAUGACGUUUGGAAGAGAGGGUUUUUGUUGUAUCAUGUUGGAGUUUGGAGGUCGCAUAGCAACUCGAAAGAGGACAAGAUUCACUUUGAAGAAGUGAAACGCUUGAAUAGAAACUACUCCUUUCCGCUGAAAGGAAGGACAGUGUCCGUUGUUAUGAUAUUGGAAAAACCGUUUACAAUGCAAAAGAGAGACUACAUGCAACGGUUAGGCAACGAUAGAUUUGAAGGGUUCGCCGUUGAUCUAAUUACCGAAGUGGCAAAAAUGCUGGAUUUCAACUUCGAAAUAUACCUUGUCCAUGAUGGAAAAUUCGGUACCAAAAAAGAGAACGGCGAAUGGAAUGGGAUGAUUGGCGAACUCUUGGCAGGGAAUGCCACCAUGUUGGUUGCCCCUCUCAGCAUCAAUUCCCAGAGAGAGGAGGCGGUGGACUUUACCAAACCCUUUAUGACUCGUUACAUAAGUGUACUGAUGAGAGUACCUAAGUCUGAACAAUCUUACUUUGAAUUCCUUAACCCCCUCCACCAUAACGUAUGGUACUGCACCUUUGGGGCUUUCAUGAUGGUCAGUGUCAUCCUCUACUUUCUGGAACGGUUCGGAAUUCGUCAAAACAAAGACUACCCCACUAUAUCUUUUCGAGAGAGUUUCUGGUUCGUGUUUGGGUCCCUUUUGCAAGGCAAUACAGAUUCGUCUCCGUCUACACUUCCGGGUCGAAUUUUAACCAGCGCGUGGUGGUUUUUUGCUCUCAUUUUGAUCUCAUCUUAUACAGCAAAUUUGGCUGCGUUUCUGACAGUCAAGAAAAUCAACACUCCCAUUAAAUCAGUCACGGAUCUUGCAUCUCAGACCAAAAUUAAAUACGGCACCGUGAAGAGCAGUGGAAUCAUGUUUUUCUUCAAGAACACAAAUAUUGAACACUUUGCCAAAAUGUGGGCUCAAAUGUCGGAAGUGGACCCUUCUUCCAUGGUGGACAGUACUGACGAAGGCUUUAAGAAGGUCAAGGACGGGAAUUAUGCUUUUUUCUGGGACACAACGGUCAAUAAGUACAAGACAAUAGAGGACUGUCAGUUCAUGGAGAUCGGACCUCACUUUGACCCUAAGGGAUUUGGUAUCGGAGUUCCUCCGGGGGCCAUCUAUAGAGAGGACCUCUCAAUGGCUAUAUUAAAACUGAGCGACACCGGAAUGCUCCAUCAAUUAGAAAACAAGUGGUGGCCAAGUAGAUCCUGUCCAGAUUUGUCCAAGCCUUCGGCGGACGAGACCUCGGAGCUCAGUAUAGAUAGUGUGGCAGGGGUGUUCUUUAUCCUCCUCGGGGGCAUCGCUCUGGCGGGAAUCGUCUGCGGUUUUGAGCAUUUUGCAAAGGUUGUUAAGAAAGCAGCAAAAACGAAUAAAGUGGUAAACAUUUUGCACACGUUAGUUUUAGUCAAUAGACUGCUACAUCAGAACUGUACGGAUUUUAUAUUCUAUGUAGAAUAGUAUAGUAAUAGCAACUUAUUGUCACGUGUUCGUCCCAUAAAUAUUCAGAUAGUCACAUUAACGGUCCAUUUUAGUACAUUUGUAUUAAAAAAUCAAAUUUGACUCUAAUUAAACAACGUUUGUUUGUCUUUUGUUAUCAAAACUAGUAUUGUUCAACUGUUCAUCAACUUUUUAAAAGUACAAAAUUGAUCACACAAUACCGUUUUUUUUUUCUUGAAUGAAAUUCAUUGUAUAAUUGGAUUUAAAUGUACCUUUUUUAAAUCACGAUAGUUCGAUUGAGUAUCACAAGCUUUGUGGUCUUUAAGUCUAAAACCGUGAAUCGACAGUUCAUUUAUAUGGCACAUAAAAUUCUGUACUGGUAUCUGAUUGAAUUAAAUAAAAUUGUCGUAUUCACUUUCAUUGACGAUAUGUCAAAUGAAUCGGGGGAAGUUGAUCAAGCAGACGGUCUCGUGAGAGGCCGCAGACGACAGGAAUAUUCACUAAAGCGGAAUUGUUAAUGUAAUCAAUCAAAACUAUGUUUGCUAUGUUUAAUUUUUGAUAAUAAUAAAAAGUGAGAUAGUAUUGUAAUUUUCAUCAAGAAUUUUAUUGACAUUGUAUUGACAAUGACAAAAAUCAAGACAGAAAAUGUUUGGCGACCUUUGAUUGUACUAUUGCUUUCUGCUGCACCAUGGGAACGGGGGAAUGUGGGCCUGCCUAUUGGGAAAUUAUCGGGAAAUGCUAGGGUAAUCACUCCCCUAAAAUCGGCUUCUUUAAACAACAAAAAAAUGUGCAUGAGAAAAUAUAAUUCGAAUACAUCUGUUUUUGUCUGGUUAUUGCCAAUUCUAUUUAAUUCAUUUAAGGAUUACGAUGAGUCAGAAAAAUUAUAACAAUAAACAACAACGAAAAAUCCGUAAAUAUCCGAAUUCCUAUAUACCUUCUCGCCAUUUUUUUUCUUAACGCAAACACUGAAAGUUUCUCAUUCAUGAUAGACAGACGAAACAUUUACACCCGAAUGCUAAUCACGCUUCAUCAUUGGCUAUACUGCAUCGACAUCGCUGCGAUCAUAUCAUCAUUUUUGCUGCAUGAUCCUAAAUAUUGUGUGAUGCACUCACCAUUUAAUUUUUCAUAUUGUUUACCUAUUUUAUUUCAUAAUUCAUAUAUAACCAAUCUUUUAAUUCGCCAUUUCCUUCUUUGCAGGAAAAAAGAGGUAAAACGUUGUUCCCUGCAUGAUUCGGCUUCUUUUCUUUCCAAAUACAGCUUGAAAUUUGAAAGAAAGAAAAAUAAACCCUUGCUUUUGCUAUUGAUGUGUCUGUGCAAAUAAUCAGAGCGUGUAGAUUUUGAAGAGUGAUCAUCCAACUACUUAACUGUGACUUCAUUUACAGAUAUGCAACUUUAACAAUAUUUCAAAAUCAGGAAAACCCUUUGAUUUACGUGAUAACCGAUUUCACUCCUUAUCAUUAGAAUUAGGGAUGGAGUGUCAGUUUAAGCGAAAGGGAAAUUCCGUCUUUUUAGAAUUACAUUUUGCUGCAACAAUUUCUCAGUAGUUCUGUAUCCGCGUCAUGCUGCGUUUAUCUUAAUGAUGGCUAGGUGGUAAGAGGAAGGGGGUGUACAACACAUCUUUAAUAUUGAAAUUUGAAAUAUAUAUAUUUUUUUUUUUUUGUAAAUAAAGAAUGUAUAAAAAGUUUUAAAGACAUUUCCAACUUUAUUCUUUCAUGCGGUUUCAUAAAUGAAUUCCAUGGAAUUAUCAAUAAUGUUUAUCCCGAUUUUUUUCUCCAACAGAGAAUUUAACAAUACAGUUAGAAUGCAUCUUGAUCAUUUCACGUACGCCAAGUGCUUCUCUAUUCUUCAUCAGUUCUUAUGAUAUUUUGGUAAUUUUGAGUAAAAUAUAUGGCAGCAAAAGUAACAUUAUAUUUAACGUUCUUUAAAGCAUGGAAAGUGACAGUGAAAAAAACCCGUAAUUUUCAUCCGUAUUUAGAAGAUACAGAUACGAUUAAAAUAUUUUAAUAUUGAGAUGAUUACUCUUUUACACUGAUCAACAUAUAUCGCAUAUAU